AUGGCCGAAGAAGUGGAAAAGGAAGAAGAGAAGAAAACAAGAAAGCCUGUUGACGGCGCCUUUCGACAACAACGGUUACCAGCAUGGCAACCCGUCUUGACUCCCCGAAGUGUCCUUCCAGCAUUCUUCAUUGUUGGCAUUUUGUUUCUUCCCAUUGGUGGUCUUCUUUACUGGUCUAAUGGAAGAGUGGACGAAAUCAUGAUUGACUACUCGCACUGCAGCCAAUACGAGACGCCUGUUUAUCUUGCGCCAAGCUUGUACAGUUAUCUGAUGUCCAAGGAUACGAAUAUGACCGAUAUGGAAGUGCCAGCCUAUCACUAUGAGAACACCACUGUUUUUCAAGAGCCCGAGUUCAGCAAUCCCAACAACCUGACGUUUAAGCAAUGUGUAUUGGAUUUCACUGUACCAAAGACCAUGCAGGGUCCCGUUUACAUGUACUACCGCCUUACCAACUUUUAUCAAAACCACCGCCUUUACAUUAAAAACUACGACCCAGAGCAACUCCUCGGCCAUAUCGUCGGCAGCAGCACACUCAAUACCAAUUGUGGACCACUUGCAUACACAUCAGAUGGAAGAGUCAUUUAUCCUUGUGGCCUGGUAGCCAAUUCCAUGUUCAAUGAUACGGCAUCUAAUCUGACGUCAGUAACAACGGGAGGCAAUUACACUUUCAGUCGAAGCAACAUUGCAUGGCCUGAAGAUUUCCAAAAAUAUCGACCCACACAGUAUCCUAUUGAACAGUUGGCACCCCCUCCUAAUUGGGCAUUGAGAUAUCCCAAUGGCAGAUACACUGAAGAAUAUCCACCACCAGAUUUGAACAGCAUGGAACGACUGAUGGUGUGGAUGCAUAUGGCAGCGUUACCUGAUUUCCGUAAGAUUUGGGCUCGCAAUGACCAUGAUGAUCUUCCUGAAGGCCGUUGGCGUAUCUAUAUUGAUAUGAACUUUGACACGCUGCAGUAUGAAGGAACGAAAUGGCUGGUGUUGUCAACAACAUCACCCCUCGGAGGACGGAACCCUUACAUUGGCAUUGCCUAUUUGGCUAUUGGUGGAUUGUGUAUCCUCAUUGGUUUAAUAUUCACUUUGGCUUAUUGUAUCAAACCAAGAAAAUUGGGCGAUCCUACCUAUCUUUCUUGGAACAAACCCGGUGGUGGUUUGCCAACAAACAAGCGUCGUCAAAAGCUGGAAAAGGGCGAAUAG